CAAUACCCAUAGACCUUUAACCUCAAUCAUUUUCCUAUAUCAGUGAACGACAGAUUAUUAUUCAUCCUUACUCUAUUUAAAGGAUUAAAGAUCUCUAGAGGUUAUUAUAAGGUUUUGUCUCCCUGUAACUUUCAUGUUUAUCUGUCGCGUAUAUAUGAAAAAGAUUAUGUGCUCUUGCUUAGGGAAUGUAAUUGCCAAGAGUAUACAAACAUAGCACGAUAAAAUAUAAUCAUCGAUUAUUAUUACAAAUUGUCAUAUCUUACUGGCAAACAGAGAAACUCAUUAUAGCGAUAUGAAUACUGUCUACCUACUUUUUGAAAAAGUACAUUUCAGUACAUCUCAUACAUUAUGGCGUUGAUAACAGUUACCGCGCUAAUGUUAGGUUAUGUUGCUAUUAAUAAAUCAAACGUUUCUAUCGGAGUGACAUACUGUAAUCGAAUGAAAUAAAUAUAGCAAAAUACAAACUAUGCUUAGCGAAGCUUGUAAAAACAGCAUUCCAUUAUACAAGAAUAUAUGUUUUCGAAAAGACAAGUUCUCCAGUUCGUUUGUGUAUCAGCUGAUUCUCCCACUCUCUCUUCCAUUUUUCCUUAGUCAGUAUACACUCGAAUCGACACUUGGACUAGAUAAUAGAACCGACUACGUCGACAUACCGUUUUUCCACAUUGUCAACAAAGAAACCAUCGCUAAAGAACCGCAUAAGUAUCCCUGAAGCUAAUGGCAGAUCAUGAAGUUGUUAAAUCGAAAAGUUGAUUUUUGCGUUCUCAUGUAAUACGAUAUCAACCGACAGACUUUCGUCACAUUGCGUUAUUCGAUUCAACGGUUUUCUGUCCCGAGAUUAAGAUCUGUUUCUGACGUUUUCGAAUCAUUUAACUUAAAUUUGCACAAAGAAUAGAUUCACAUCGCAGAUGAUGCUCGAAAGUGUUGCGAGAUGAUUUUGACAUGUACUUAUAUGCGUACGUAAGAGAGGAAAUUAUUAAGGAAGCUGGAUUUGGGAAUGGAUUAGCUGGUCUGUUUCAUCUUCGACUAUGCUACGUGCCGCGGAGAAGAAAAUUCUUUCCUAUUUGAAAACCACAUAUCGUGGAUGGUAUGUCGACAUAGGACCAGUUGUAGGGACAGCAGAUAAAAUAUGGACUAUUUCUUUGAACGAGGAAUCACCAAAGACACCAAUUGUCUUGCUACAUGGCUUAGGAGCAGGAGUAGCAUUGUGGUGUUUAAAUUUAGAUGUGCUAGCUUCUCAAAGACCAGUAUACGCUAUUGACAUAUUAGGUUUUGGAAGAAGUAGCCGUCCAGUUUUUAGCAAUGAAGCGCAAAAAGCUGAAGAGCAACUAGUUGAAUCCAUUGAAGAAUGGAGAAGGGAAAUGCAGCUGGAAAAAUUUGUGCUGUUGGGUCACUCCAUGGGUGGCUUUCUUGCAGCAUCGUAUUCUAUACAGCAUCCUGAUAGGAUUAAACAUCUUAUUCUUGCGGAUCCUUGGGGUUUUCCUGAAAGACCAGUUGAACCAGCUUCAAAACAACCUAUACCAUUUUGGGUGAAAGCUAUAGCGUACGUGGUGCAACCGCUGAAUCCAUUAUGGGCCGUUAGGGUAGCAGGUCCAUUUGGACAGUGGCUAAUUGAGAAAACUAGGCCAGAUAUCGUAAAGAAAUUUUCACCUAUCUUAGAUGAUACUACUGUAAUUUCGCAGUACAUACAUCAGUGUAAUGCUCAAACUCCGUCGGGUGAAAGUGCAUUUCACGCGAUGAUGCAAGGUUUUGGCUGGGCCAAAAAUCCUAUUGUCAGAAGAAUAGACAAAUUGAGUCCAGAAAUUCCGAUAACUUUGUUAUAUGGUAGUCGAUCGUGGGUAGAUAACUCGUCUUGGGAGACGCUUAAACAAGCUAGAUCAUCGUCUUACAUUAACGUUCAGGCGAUAACAGGAGCAGGUCAUCAUGUUUACGCAGAUAAAAGUGACAUUUUCAAUAAAUACGUAUUAGAAGCGUGUAAUUUAAGUGAUUCGAUACCUCAAUUAACAGCGACGAAUAUUCGUCCAAAUAUUAAAUCCGUAAACGAACAACAAAUCUCGCUCACUGUAACGGACGAAGAAGUUGAUUCGAAAGCCGUGGAAGAACAAGAACUAAAUACGUCGCAAUCACGAUCCAGUUGAAGUUUAGUACACAAUUUUAUAGUUAAAUUACAUUCUUUGACUUUGUCGUGCAAUCGAAUGAACAGCGUACUUUGUGUGAUAGACUAGGUAGACUAGGUGUAUGCACUACAACAUACCAAAUCAUUUCAUAUUAAGUAAUAUUGUAAUGCAAUUUAAUUUCCAACUUAUGUCACGCCAUAUUAGUUCUUAACCUCUUAAACUAUUUCAGUAACAUUAAUUAAAGUGUUGAGAUUUUUAUGUUAUAGAGUUUGAUUUGUAACAUGUGAAUUCGAUUUUAUAACCUACAUAAAUACUUCGAAACAUGUACUUGUGAUACUCGUGAUACUCGAAUCAUAAGUAAAUCUAAAUAAGGUAAAAGCAAAUGAAAUCAUUGGGAUCAAUAUUUUACGUGAAUAUUGCGUGUAAAUUGCAAGCGUAACGAUGGAGAGAAGUUGAAUUGUACAUUAUGUAUAGUUGUAGUAUAAAAUAAAAAAUCUUUGAUAUAAAUCACAAUAAAAAAA